AUCGUGUCUAAAUGUAAAAGAAAUAGGUGUCCGAGAACGUUGAAGAGAAUUUUAGUCUGUCUGUUGAUGUCACGAAACGCGUUGUGUUACUAUCUCAAAUCUGGUGUGGAAAAGUUUGUCCCGUAAAGUACAAAUCACCCGAAGGUGUGAUUUAAUUAUUGAGGGAGACCGAAGAACCGCGAGGCUGAAAAACUGGACAAAAAUGGCGCUCUCUCUAGCAUUAGCGCUCGCGGGUUUCGAUGAGAAUGAUUUUCGUGGAUUGAUGGCUUUGUGUCGUAGAGGUUUUCAAAACGAAGGAGGCCGGGCGAUGCGUACAGUAUCACCGAGUGACCAGAGCGAGUCGAGCGGGAUAAGCAGCCUGAUUAUAUCGACAAUUUCGUCAACUUAUAGCAUAACUCCUUCGCUGUCGUCGACAUCGUCGCGAUCAGAAACACCGGAAAACCACUCGCCAAAGCUUUCAUCUAAGGACGAGACGUUGAUGCUGGAGCUGCACAAGAAACGAGACAUACUCAAUCUCGCUGAAAACCUUCACGAUUCAUCUUGGAAUCUGAAAAGUCCAUCGAUACCACGGAACGACACGAAAUCAUACAUGACCAACAGAUCCAUCCAUUACCGAUUGAGCGCAAGCGCGCUGGAAGAAGAUUAUCCAGUGCGAAUUUGUGGACACUGUGGUUUUUCAGAACCUUCCCCAUAUCUAUUUUGAGAUACGGACAUUAAAAAAACUAUUCACCGUAACCGACAAGUUGUCGAACAGCCCACAAACCGUGACAACGCGAUAAAAAAACGCUUAAAAAAUUUGAACUUCACAGACGAUCCAGACUGUGGUAAAUCGCAAGCGGCAGCCGGUUCACCAAAAACAUUCGUGAUUUAAAAAAAAAAAAAUCAAUUUUACACGAAACUUUUACAAGAAGAAAAAAUUUUAUUCAAGAAUUUACCAAAGAAAAAAACUUUUGAAGAAAAAAAAUUUCGUUAAACCGGAAACGAGCUGCAAAUAAGCGAAUUUUUAACGAUUUUAAUAUAUUUAUGAAGUGCCGUUAUUCAUGUUUUUUUUUCCCUCGGUAAAGUUCGUCGAGGAUUCAAAGUGAAUUUGAGCGAUAUCAGAGAUUUACGAGAGAAUUCGACAAUAAUUAUCGGUGGAGCGUCCAAUGAAUUAUAAUGAUAUAAUCACAUGAAAAAGCGUAUUGAACGAAAAAAAUUCAUAAAAAUAAUCGUACACAAAUUAUAUUUUUCUAUACGUUUUGUACUAGACGUUCUAAUUAAUUUAAUGUUUGUUAAUUAAUUUACAAAAAUAUGAAUUGCAUCGGCAGUCUCAUGAUUGACGGUUGUUUUUACUUCGUUAAUAA